GAGUCCCGUCAGCGCCGCUUCCGGCCUUCCUUCCCGCCAGGCGCGGCCUCCCUCCGGUCGCAGGCCCGCUAGCCCUCCGCUUCCUCUUCCGGGAUGGCGCCGAGGCUGCAGCUGGAGAAGGCGGCCUGGCGCUGGACCGAGACGGUGCCGCCCGAGGACGUGACGCAGGAGCACAUUGAGGCGGCCUACCGCGUCGGCCUCGAGCCCUGUCAGCGCGGCGUCUGCAGAAGAAACUGUAGAGGAAACCCAAACUGCUUGGUGGGGAUCGGUGAGCACGUUUGGCUGGGCGAAAUAGAUGAGAACAGCUUUCACAACAUUGAUGAUCCAAACUGUGAGAGGAGAAAAAAGAACGCAUUUGUGGGCCUCACAAACCUGGGUGCCACCUGCUACGUCAACACUUUCCUGCAGAUGUGGUUCUUCAACUUGGAGCUCCGCCAGGCACUUUACUUGUGUCCGAUCACCCGCCCUGUGCAUGUGAAAGCAGAGGGCGCACCAGCAUACAAAGAUUACGAGCCUCAGGCCAUUUGCGAACACCUCCAGUACUUGUUCGCUUUGCUGCAGAACAGCAGACGGCGUUACAUCGAUCCAUCGGGGUUUGUUAAAGCACUGGGUUUGGACACAGGUCAGCAGCAGGAUGCACAAGAAUUCUCAAAGCUGUUCAUGUCUCUGCUGGAAGACACUUUGUCCACACAAAAAAACCCAGAUGUGCGGAACAUUGUUCAGAAGCAGUUUUGUGGAGAGUAUGCCUAUGUCACAGUAUGCAACCAGUGCGGCAGAGAAUCCAAACUUAUAUCAAAAUUUUAUGAGCUUGAGUUAAAUAUCCAGGGACACAAACAGUUGUCGGACUGCAUCACGGAAUUCCUGAAGGAGGAGAAGCUGGAAGGGGACAACCGCUACUUCUGCGAGGCCUGCCAGAGCAAGCAGAACGCCACCCGCAGGAUCCGGCUCCUCGGCCUCCCCGGCACGCUCAACUUGCAGCUCAUGCGCUUUGUCUUUGACAGGCAAACGGGCCACAAGAAAAAACUUAACACCUACAUUGAGUUCUCAGAAUUGUUGGAUAUGGAUCCCUUCAUGGAAGACAAAGUUGGGGUCUCUGGAUACGAGCUGAGUGCGAUUCUCAUACACCGAGGGGUGAGUGCAUAUUCUGGCCACUACAUUGCUCACGUGAAGGACCCACAGACAGGAGAGUGGUACAGAUUUAACGAUGAAGACAUAGAGAAGAUGGAAGGCAAGAAGCUGCAGCUGGGUGCAGAAGAAGAUUUAGAGCCUUCCAAAGCUCAAACUCGAAAGCCCAAGUGUGGGAAAGGGGUCCACCGGUCUCGGAAUGCGUACAUGUUGGUCUACCGGCUGCAGACGCAAGAGAAGUCGGUGACGGUUGAAAUUCCAGCUUUUUUGCAAGAGCUGGUUGAGCGGGACAAUAGCAAGUUUGAGGAGUGGUGCAGCGAAAUGGCUGAGAUGCGCAAGCAAAGCGUGGCUAGGGGCAAGGUCAAGCACGAGGAGGUGAAGGAGCUCUACCAGAGGUUACCCGCUAAAGCUGGGAGUCCUUACGACUUUGUCUCUCUGGAAUGGCUGCGUCGGUGGCUGGAUGAAUCCACGCCUCCUAAGCCAAUUGACAACUCAGCCUGCUUGUGCUCACAUGGAAAGCUGCAUCCAGAUAAAAUACCAACGGUCAAGAGGGUCUCUGAGUACGUGGCUGACUACUUUUACGAGAGAUACGGAGGAGGGCCUAGGCUGACAGUGACAGCGCUUUGCCGAGAGUGCGUGGUGGAGAGAUGCCGGGUCCUGCGCCUGAAGAGCCAGCUGAGUGAGGACUGUAAAGCGGUUGCCAACUUGCUGAAAGGGCCGGUCAAGCGGUACGUGGUUCCUGGUCAGGGCCAACAGCUGUGGCACGCGUGGCAUCCGUGGUGCCUCCCGGGUUGCGAGUUCUUGUCUUCCCCUCUACACAGUGACGAUGGCUUCUGGGUCGGCAAAUCGUCCUUGCGGAGCUGGCGUCAGUUGGCACUGGAGCAGCUGGACGAUCCAGAGGGAGAUGCGGACCAGAGCAACGGCAACAUGAACGGUGAUGCAAAAGGCAAAGACGAAUGCAGCACAGAGAAGCAAGAGGAAGACGACUUGAAGUUCAACGAGGACAUCAUCUGCCCCCAUGGCAACCUCUGCGUAUCAGAGAACGAAAGGAGGAUCGUUUCCAGAGAAGCCUGGGAGAAGCUGUGCUGCUAUUUCCAGAACGCCCCAGAGUUCCCAGGCAGCAAAGACUCCUGCUCCCAGUGCAAGGUACUGGAGCGGGAGGGCGAGGAGAAUGAAGCCCUCCACAAAAUGAUGGCCAGUGAGCAGAAGGCGUCUCUCCCCAACCUCUUCCAAGACAAGAGCAGGCCUUGCCUGGGCAGCUGGCCAGAGGAGGUGGAUGAACUCUACGUCGUCUCCAAAUUCUUUGUAGAAGAGUGGAGGAAGUUUGUGAGGAGGCCCGCGCGGUGCAGUCCGGUCUCGUCGGUGGGGAACCGGGACCUCCUCUGUCCACACGGGGGCCUGAUGUUCACGUUUGCUUCCAUGGCCAAAGAAGACUCCACACUUAUAGCUCUGAUAUGGCCCAGUGAGUGGGGAAAGAUCCAAAAGCUCUUUGUGGUGGACCACACAGUCAGAGUCAUCAGGAGGCAACCAGCAGAGGCAGGCCCCGGCAACGCACACUACGUUACUGAGCCUGAGCUGUGCUCAGACUGCAGAGAAGGGCUGUUGUGUCAGCAGCAGAGGGACCUGCGGGAGUACGCUCAGGCCACAAUCUACGUGCGCAAAGUGGUGGACAACACAAAGGUCAUGAAGGACUCUGCCCCUGAACUCAAUGUCAGCAGCUCAGAGGCGGAAGAGGAGCGGGAGGAGGCCAGGCUGGAAGGGGAGCAAGACCCAGAUUUUAACCAGGCCAACAGCAAUGCAAAGCGGCAGAAAGUGUCGCACCCAAACUACGUUGCCUACCAAAAACAAGGGAUCCGACGGAGCACCAGGCACAGGAAGGUCCGCGGAGAGAAAGCUCUGCUGGUGUCUGCGAACCAAACACUGAAAGAUCUGAAAAUCCAGAUCAUGCACGCCUUCUCGGUUGCCCCUUUUGACCAGAACUUGUCGAUUGAAGGGAUGAUGCUGACUGAGGACUCGGCAACUCUUGGCAGCCUUGGAGUCACCCCGGAGUCUGUUGUCCUACUAAAGGCUGAUGAACCUGUUGUGGAUUAUGCAGCAAUAGAUGACGUUAUGCAAGUGUGUCUGCCUGAAGAAGGCUUCAAAGGGACUGGUCUUCUUGGACACUAACGUCCCAGUAACCAGUACGUCAGAGGAGUUUGGACACAGCUUGGCAUUCCAAGAACGGGGACCCGCAUCACGCCAGUCACUCAGUGCUCCCAGUGGUGAAGCUCCAUGUGCUGAAGGACUGGCCCGGGUGCCUCAUGGCAGAACGGGUCGCACUGCGAAAUGGAGGACUGAUGAAGAGGGAGCAUUUCAGGUUUUAUAUCUCGAAAAACACAAGUGGAACUUCCAUAGCUGCGAGGGAUCAGCAAGCCCUUGACAUUUCUAGCCGAAGGCUCUCGCCCUGUACCGUUCCCUUCAGGCUUGGUCUGACAGAUCCUCUUCCGCACCUGCGGUCCACAAAGCCUGCUUCAGGCUCUCCAGCGGCACUUGGGGGGAAUUCACACAGGCUGCGCCUCGUCCACCUGUGCUGGCUGAGGAGUCCCCGGGAUUGAAAGCCAUGACCUGCCUACAGAAGCCUUCCACUAGUAACUCCUGAAACACUGGGGGCAGGGGGGGGGCGCAAAAGCCGCACUUGAGCAACAUCCCCUCCCACCUUUGUGGUUUCGCUUCCAACAUUCUGAGGGGGCCCGAUUUAAUAAUCCUCUUUAUUUGCAGAAUGACUUUAUUAUGUUACUUUAAUAACGAUGCUCUCUAGCUGAGAGGGUGUGAGGGCUGGGGUGGAAAAUUGUGCCUCUCUCGGGGGUCUUGGAUUCUAGCACCCAAGAGGAAGUCCACGUGGGGAAGGGAGGCCCUGGGUGCAAAUCCUUCACUCUUCACCUGCUGGGUAAUUGGGUCCUUUGCGGGGAGGAGGGGCUUGCACAAGCACUUCCUUCAACCAUCAGCAGUGUCUUCAAAAGGGCUUUUUCUUGCUGAGCGUGCCCACGGGAACAUCUCCCAGGGUUUUGGAAGGGUGCGGUCUUGUCUUGUAUAUUUCUUGACUGUUGUACUGUGAUUGCCAUUUGCUGUUCAAAUGAGAAGGGGGGAAGCAGAGGCAGGAGAGGGGAGCCAGCAAAGCCAGCAGGGCAUCUCGUCAGCCUUUGGGGGAGGGGGGGGCAUAGUGAUGAUGCAGUAACCAGCCAGUGUGGGUCUCCUCAAGCUGAACAUUGGAGCUGAACAGUUUUUAUUCUUUCCCAAGGUAAAGAAAGACGAGUAAUAAUUCAGCAUCCUGUUUUCAGUGCUCCAUGAAGCAGUCUGUCUUUCUCUCCUUCCUGCGAAACCUGACACGAAAGGGGCAUAUUCAUUCUCAUGGGAAGCAGCCACGCAUGAGUGCGCACAGCCAGCCCCUGGAAUUUUGAUAUUUUAGUUCCAUUUGUUUUGUUUCUUCUGGUUUCCAGACUAUUCCUUGAGGGAAAAGUAUGUCUUCAUUUGCUGAGAAUUAGCUUCAACCACCUGGGUGGGUAUGUGUUGCGUGUGUGUAUAUAUAUAAAUACAUACAUAUAUAUAUAUAUAUAUAUAUAUAUAUAUAUAUAGACACAGACAAUGCCUAAGUUGUACCAAAUUGAUAUUUCUGCAAGUGGCCAUUGAGCAGAUGACAGGGGUGCAAGCUGCCAUUGACGAGGCCUCCCCUCUUUUCAUCUGUGCUUGCAAAACCUUUUGGACUGGUUUUCAGAGCCAUCAAGGACUGAUUAAAAAUACAUCUUACGGUCUGCCUAUGUUGUUUGUACUGUAUUGCAUAAAAUGUUUUUUCCACUUA